UUGGAUCAGUGCUAAAACCAACCUUCCGCCAUGGAAACUCUAACAGCUUCAUCUUUCCCCUCAUUUCACCGCCAAACCAUCACAACCCGAAGCCCCAGAAACACUCUGACAAAGCACAUUCCGAUCACCCCAUCAUCUCGCCGAAUCGUGCCAAUUUUGAGAUCGAAUUUUAAAAUUUUCACCGCGGUUUCUCCCGCCGCCACUUCGACGGAUGAAGAGGUGGAAUCGGAGAAGAGGGAGGAGAAAUUCAACUGGUACGAGCAGUGGUAUCCGGUGUGGCCGGUGUGCGAUCUGGAUAAGAGGAGGCCGCAGGCGAAGAAGGUGAUGGGGAUUGAUUUGGUGGUGUGGUGGGAUCGGAACGAGAAUGCGUGGAAGGUGUUCGACGAUAGUUGCCCUCAUCGGUUGGCGCCGCUUUCGGAGGGGAGGAUCGAUCAGUGGGGGAGGCUGCAGUGUGUUUACCACGGCUGGUGCUUUGGCGGCGCCGGCGACUGCAAAUUCAUCCCUCAGGCGCCGCGCGACGGCCCUCCGGUUCACACUUCCAAUAAGGCGUGUGUAGCCGCUUAUCCUACUUGCGUGCAAAACGGCAUUCUUUGGUUCUGGCCGAAUUCAGAUCCGCAGUAUAAGGAUAUACUUUCAACGAAGAAGCCACAUUAUAUCCCGGAACUUGACGAUCCAUCAUACACCCAUUCGAUGCAUGCAAGGGACGUAGCCUAUGGAUACGAAAUCUUGAUUGAAAAUCUCAUGGACCCUGCUCAUUUUCCAUAUGCACAUUAUGGCAUAACGCACAUGGCGAAAGUGCCCGAGAGUUUGAAGGCCGACAGAGAAGGAGGCAUACCUCUAGAAAUAAAUGUCCAGAGACUGGACGUAAAUGGGUACACAUCAAAGCGAGUGUCCGGAGAGAACCACUUCAUAGCGCCUAGUCUGUACUACCUCCAUUUCUCCCCAGGCGGAGCUCAAAGCACGAACAACGCGCCAUCAGAUGGGAAAAAAGAAGCUCAGCUGCUCGCAUUCCCUGUCCCCCCGGAGAAAAAGGCUAUGCUCAUUUUCUACUGCAUCCCAGUUAGUCCGGGCUAUAGCAGGAUGAUCUUUGCGUCUCCUAGGAACUUUGCUGUCUGGAUGGAGCGAAUCAUUCCACGUUGGAUGAUACACAUUGGACAGAACUUGAUUGUUGAUUCGGAUCUGUAUCUUCUUCAUGUGGAGGAAAGGAAGCUGAAAGAUGUUGGGGCUCUCAAUUGGCAAAAAGCGUGCUAUGUUCCGACAAAGUCUGAUGCCCUCGUUGUGGCAUUCAGAAGGUGGCUAAACAAGUACGGCGGUGCACAGGUCGACUGGAGAAACAAAUACACCGGAGAGCUUCCACCCACUCCUCCGCGAGAGCAGCUCUUUGACAAGUACUUGACUCACACGGCGAGCUGCAGCAGCUGCAGUGUCGCGUAUAAAAGCCUCAACGCAUUGGAGAUCGCCCUUAAGGUUACCUCGGUUGCUGCAGUUGCGGCCGCAGCUGCAGCCAAACAGGGUGCAAUAUCCAUGGCUGCAAGAUAUUCUUUGGCUUCAAUGGCUGUGUUGUGCUUUGUGGCUUCAAAAUGGCUCUCACAUUUCAUCCACAAAACUUUCAUAUACCAUUAUUAUGAUCAUGCCUUCCGCUAAGGCUCCUUUUUCUAUACAAUUUGGACGUGUAAUUAAAUAAUUAACUGUUAAUUAAUGUUGUACAAACAUUGAUAAAACUGGGCGAUAUACAUGGGCCGGGCCCAUAUUGAUAUUACCAAUCUAUCGCCGGUUUGAUAUUUGUUAGAAUCAAAUCUAUUCAGCAUGCUUUCUUUCAA